AUGUCUGAGUGCUGCAAAAGCGGUUAUAAGUGGCAUGGUCAGCCUGUUGGCAAAGAAUCAACAAUCAGUGGCAAGAAGACCUACGUGAAUGGCAGCAAUGACGAUGUGGCGAUUUCUCUGGUAGCCGACAUAUUUGGCUGGACGUUGACAAAUGCUACGGUACUGGCUGAUCACUUUGCCAAAGACCUCAACGCAACUGUUUAUGUGCCCGACUUUUUUGACGGAGAAGUCAUCUCACCCGAGAUGUUAGAGGAUCCAGAAAAGGCCAAAUCAUUCACCAUCAUGGUGUGGUUCGGUCGUCACAACAAAGCAAAACGCGGUCCCGAGAUCAUCGCUGUCACGGAGGAACUCCACUCCAAGUACGAGAAGGUCGGUGUACUCGGCUUUUGCUACGGCGGUUGGGCAGUCUUCCAGCUUGCAGGCAGGGACAAAAAUCUUGUCGACUGUAUCAGCACUGCUCACCGGUCCGCACUUGACAGAGCAUAA